AUGCUUAGACAGUCGAUAAAGGGUAUCGGAAGUGGUUCAUGGAUUCGCUGCAACUCGUCGAGUAGUACAGCCGCGCUGGUGUACAAGCAACUGCACAAGCAUAAGGUCAAGCCACCGGUGCCCAAAUUUGAGACGUCGAGCUGGUCCGCAAACAGUGCCGUCGCGUCGAUACUGUAUGAAACGCCUGCGCCAUCUCGCGAGCCUAAAAAGCAAUGCGUGCUGAACUGUCUUGUCCAGAACGAGCCUGGCGUGCUGUCGAGAGUGUCAGGUACGCUUGCUGCCAAGGGCUUCAAUAUCGACUCCCUCGUGGUGUGCAGCACCGAGGUGCCAGAUCUCAGUCGUAUGACCAUCGUCUUGCAGGGUCAGGAUGCCGUUGUCGAACAGGCCAGACGGCAGAUUGAGGACUUGGUGCCAGUCUACGCUGUUUUGGACUACACUAACACAGACCUCAUCAAGCGCGAGCUGCUACUGACUAGGAUAUCCCUGCUGGGGGCGGAGUACUUUGAAGAACUCGUCGCGCGGCACGCUGGGCUGACAGAGGCCUGCAGCGAUGCGGCAGAGAAUGUCAGUGCAGACCAGACGUUCCACCCAUCGAACUUGCCGCUAUCCGAGCUCCAGCGGAUGAAACAUGAACAUUUGAACGCCAUUACCAACCUGGCGACGAACUUUGGCGGCCGGGUCGUAGACAUCUCUGAGAGCAACUGCGUCGUGGAGCUGUCCGCCAAGCCCUCGCGUAUCUCUGCCUUUUUGAAGCUGAUCAAGCCAUAUGGUGUGUUGGAGGUGGCCCGUACCGGUAUGAUGGCCCUCCCAAGAACUCCCGUCGACGACGAAACUACAAACCAGGAGAACAUGGUUGCAGACGCCAGCGAAGCGGUGGACAUUUCCCAGCUGCCUCCCGGCUAA